CAUUGUUCAUAAUUUUAAUACCACGCAGAAAAUAAUUUAAAGUCCUCUUGUUAGUAAUGUCAGCAAGAAAUUCCACUUCUGAUCCUAGCGCAAGUAAUGUUGCAAAAUUUAAAAGCUUGGAUACAAAAAUACAGCAAGUAUUAAGGGAGGCAGUUGAAGCCAGAACCUUUGCAUACUGUCCGUACAGUAAAUUUCAAGUAGGCGCUGCAUUACUUUGUGAAAAUGGUACCAUUUACCGGGGGUGUAAUAUUGAAAAUUCGGCCUUUACUGUGGGCAUCUGUGCAGAAAGGACAGCUUUUGCAAAAGCAAUCAGUGAAGGUAAUAUGAAGUACAAAGCUAUUGCUGUGAUAGGAUAUCAAGAAAAGUCUUUCACAACACCAUGUGGUGCAUGUAGACAAUUUAUGAGUGAAUUUGGCAAUAUUGAUGUCUACGUUGCUAAACCUGAAUUGGAUCAGGUUUUAGUAACUGACAUAAACCAACUUCUACCUCAUCAGUUCAUGCAUCCUAGUAGUGACUAUACAUUUUAGUUUUGUUGUGAUAUUUCAGUGUAAAUGGUAAGUGUAAGGAAAUAAAAGCGCAGUAUAAUA